CGCCUAAGAUUAGCACUCAUUAUCUAUGCGAAAUGUCUAACAAGUGAUAUUCUUUGUGAUAAGUAAAACCUCUUUAAGUGAAUUGUUUCGAUAGACGGUAGUGACUACGAUAAAGGCGGCGCGGAUACAUUGUUUACUACAAAUUGUGUUGUUGAAUACUGACAGUGUUUUUAAAUUACUAAAACAGUAAUUUUUACGGCUUUAAUCGGACGUGUUGUGAUUGUGAAAAAGGGACUUUUUACAAGUUUUACAGUGAUAUUUCGGCUGCAGUGUCUUACCGACGGAUAAUAGCUUUGGAUUAUUGUUUUACUUUCUUGUUACAUUUCCCCACAGCAGAAUUUUUAUGAAGGAAUGUAUUUAGGCAGCGUCCUGACUGCUAGCACCAUUUCGUCGCCGUGGACGCCGGUCACCGGCCCGCAGGCCGAUUCCAAUGGCCCGGGCCCGGAUACAAAGAAUCUCGAUGUUGGAGACAUGAGUGACGAUGAAAAAGACAUGGCAGCGGCAGAUGCGGAAGGAGUGUGGAGUCCGGAUAUCGAACAGAGUUUUCAAGAAGCACUCGCCAUCUACCCUCCUUGUGGCCGACGGAAAAUCAUAUUAUCAGACGAAGGAAAAAUGUACGGACGGAACGAACUCAUAGCCAGGUAUAUCAAAUUAAGGACAGGAAAAACAAGAACGAGAAAACAGGUCAGCUCACACAUACAAGUAUUAGCUAGGAGGAAAUUGCGAGAAAUACAGGCGAAGCUUAAAGUGGAUCACGUGGCCAAAGAGAAGGCUCUCCAGACGAUGUCGAGUAUGUCAAGUGCACAGAUAGUAUCCGCUACCACUGCUAUGCACAGCAAGUCAGCUGGCCUCAAUCUUGGUCUAACUCAUAACCCUGUACCCUAUCCUGGAGCGCAAUUUUGGCAGCCUGGAUUACAGCCUGGAACUUCUCAAGAUGUCAAACCAUUUGCCCAGGCAGCAUACACGGCAGGUAAACCGGCGACAGCUGUAUCUGCGGGAGAAGUUGGAGCCCUGCAAUCAGCCCCACCACCAGUUUGGGAAGGAAGGGCGAUUGCCACACACAAACUAAGGCUGGUGGAGUUUUCUGCUUUCAUGGAAUCACCUAACAGAGAAGAAUAUCAAAAACAUCUUUUCGUACACAUAGGAGGACCAGCGCUAUCAUACUCAGAUCCCCUGCUCGAAGCAGUGGACGUUCGGCAGAUAUACGACAAAUUCCCCGAGAAGAAGGGCGGACUGAAGGAAUUGUACGACAAAGGUCCUCAAAACGCCUUCUUCCUCGUCAAGUUUUGGGCGGACCUAAACUCAAACAUUCAAGACGAGACAGGAGCCUUUUACGGAGUCACGAGUUCGUAUGAAAGUAACGACAACAUGACGAUAACCUGUUCCACGAAAGUUUGCUCCUUUGGCAAACAAGUCGUGGAAAAAGUGGAGACGGAGUAUGCUCGAUACGAAAACGGAAGAUUUGUAUAUAGAAUUAAUCGAAGUCCGAUGUGCGAGUAUAUGAUCAACUUUAUUCACAAGUUAAAACACCUACCUGAGAAAUACAUGAUGAAUAGUGUGUUAGAAAAUUUUACAAUCUUACAGGUUGUAAGUAACAGAGAUACUCAAGAAACUCUCUUAUGUACUGCGUACGUAUUCGAAGUAUCGACUUCGGAACAUGGAGCGCAACACCACAUCUACAGGCUUGUGAAAGACUAGCGGGUUACCGGUCUAACCGUAACCUAUCACUUCAGUGCCUACACUCUCACAAUAUUAGUAUUAUUAUCGGUUACUUACUUUUUAAGAAGUACCUAGGUAAAAAGAAAGGAAAUACAAAGUACUGUAAAAAAAUUGAAUGCUGUUCGGAUAGGUAUUUGCGAGAUACCUGAUUUUUUUAAUUGUCUUCACAGUCUAGAUGGUAGUCACAGAUCCGUUAAUUAAGGUAGAAGUUUAAAAAUUAGUAAGUCUGAAAAAGUAAACAUAAUAUUUUUUUAAAACUGUGUUAAUCUGUAGUGCUGAAACAAAAUAAUUCACAAAAUUCUUUCUGUUAUCAUACUGAACCUAUUAUCAAAAGAAUUUUGUCGUCUCUCUUUUUCUAAAUGAAGUCUUCUUCUUGUACUUGAUGAAGUUUUUGUAAUGAUCUUUGAUAAUAUUUUAGCUUAAAAGAUAUUACUUUUAUUUAUUUUUUACAAUCUAGCUCAUUACUUUGAAAAGAUGUGCUAUGAAUGUGGCUGUUUAAAUUACGAAGGCCAUUUUCUAAACCUACUUGUCCUAAUAAAGACAUUGUCGUCUGUAUAAUCUCACUGAAAUUUGGCUUUAACUAAUUUUUAUUCAUGAAGGAUGAUUUUAAAAGGCUCCAGUACACAAUUGUACUAUAACUAUACGACAUUGUAGACCUUCGUCGUCCAUCGGCGAACAGGCGUUCACACAUUGGUGUAUGAUUCAAUGCCUCAUGAUCGAUGUGGAAGUAUUUACGACCGCUCCAAUCUAUUUGUAUACAACAGUGAGUAAUAAAUUAUAUAAACACAAAAAAUUUACAAUUUAGUUAAUCCACUUCGAUUUAAACAUGUUUAAAAUGGAGACUGCACAAAAAUAUUCAUUGACAUUAAAUAAUAUGAAUAAUGAAACAUGUACUGUUUAUAACAAAAAAUUUAGUAAAGUCUGUUGUAUUAUUAAAUUAACUUUCUGAACCUGAAAGCAACAUCACUUGGCUUAGAAUAGAAGAAUCACAAUAAAUUAGAUAAAGCUGGUAGUCAGAUUACUCGUAAAGCUGGAGAGCCCGCUUAAGCACCGUAAAAUUCCUUAUGGUGAUUGGCUGGGCCCAAAGGAAUUUUCUGAGGUAGUGAGGAGUACGGGUCUUAACUCUUAAAUAAAAAAAAAUCAGUUAAGAUUCGUAUCAGCGGAAAGACCAAAAAUAAUGUAAAAAGUGAAAAUAAGAAAAAUAACGAGAUUCUAUUAUAUAACAGAAAUUGUAGCACAAAUAUUAUUUCUUCUUCACUAGCGGGCGAAAAUGGGUGUUCACACCUUAAUUUCAAAACGGGAAAAUGAAUAGAAUAGAAAAGAUGAGCCUUGUUAUUGAAAAAUAUUUGAAGGGGCGUGUUUGAAGGGAUCAGUUUGAAUGUUUGUAGACAAAUGUAAUGAGCAAGUUGAUCAAAACAGGUCCAUGGAUAAAAAUUUAAUGGUAUUUUAUACAGAAAAUUUGCAAGACAGUAAAUUGAUAUAUUAACUAACAAUUAGGUAGGAAUUACACUGCCCUACUGGAGGCUUUUAAAAAAUUUAGCAAAAUAAACGAAAAUUAGACAAAGUUUAACGUUCUAUUUUUCGACACGUUACACCCUAUACAUAAUCGCGAUGGUCUAUAGUAGGUCAGCAUCAUCCAUUGUAUACUGGAGCCUUAAAAAAAUGAUGAGACUAUAAUAAGUUCCAAUAAUUCACUUGGUCAGUCGAUAUUAGUUUACUAUUCACUUGGGCAAAUAGAUUCUGUUCGGUAGUGUAAUUAUGAAAUCAAUCAUUGAAAAUAUAAUUUGCAAUGAAAGACUAGAAAGCCUAGAAAGACUAUUAUCCCUAAAUUAUACCCAUUUUCUACGGUAAUAAAAAUCAAUAAAAAAGUUAUUUAUUGAACAACACUAUAAAUAACCCAUUAAGUGUAUGUCAGUCUACCUUUCUUAAUGGAUAAGUGACGAUAGUAUUCGUCUCACCAGAAAAACUUUUACAAAUUCAGUUUGACGAAUAUUUAUUUACUUACAAACAAUUAUUUAAACUGCAAUGGAGUGUUUGUUUUUAUCGACUACUGAUUCAAAUAUGUUUUUGACAAUUUUUUUUAAUAUGCACCAAACUUUUAUACUUUUUUCGGAUAUAUUAUUCAAAUAUAUUUUAUUAAAUUAAAAUUAAUACAUUAAUUUUAAUUAAUAUUAAUAAUAAUUGUAAUAUUGAUAUUAAUUAUUAAAUAUUAAUUAUUAAAUAAAAUUUUAAUUAAAUAAAUAUAUUUUGUUACGUUCUUUGGUCAUGCCUUCUGUGUAUAUAUACACAGUAUAUAGUUCCUUUCUGUGUUUAUAGCUCAUAGUCAUUUCUGCUAAGACAUACCUUUCAUUUCAUUUGAUUUCUUUCCGCGUUGGUUCAAAUGAGGACUAUAGAAGAUUUAUACGUAUAGACCAUUACUAUUCCUGUUAUCUAGCGUUUUAAUUUUUUAACUGGAGCGUAGAAAAUUUUAGCUUAAACAAUUUUUCGGAGAUAUAUCUGUAAAAAUUUAAGUUCUGCUCUACUGGAACGAUCAUUGACCGAAUUUUAGUGCAAUACACUAGUUAUGGAAUUUAUCCAGAACGUGCAAACGUCUGCAGUGUAUAAUAGUAACUAUAAACACAGCCUCUGUCACCAUCAGAACAACCUGCACACACAAUCUGGAAAGAACGCUUAAAUUCCAGCAAACCAACUUUCUCUGAUUUUGUGGCUCUGAAUCAACAACGUCCACUUCAUCUCGAAGGCCUCCUAUAUGCUCACUACCACAUGCACCAGCCAACCACUGCCUCAGUGACUUUUCUGACACUGCUCUUGCUUUGUACAACGUACAACAAACAAAAAUCAACGAAAAUCAUUAAGAUGAUGGAGUAUCCUAAAAAUGGACAUAAAGUUAAAUAGUCUAGGCGCCAAAUAGAGGUCACCGUGUCCUUUUCUAUUCUGAAUGACAAAUUCAACGGUUUCUUAUGGAUUUUUGACUGCUGGUUACGAAUUUCGAGGGUGGAUUUCGAUCCGAGUGAUCAAAAAAUUGUUAUAAACAAUUUAAUGGUUUAUAAGGCUCAUAAACUAAAAUAGAUAAAAAAAAAUGUUUCAAGUAAUAUUUGUUCGUUAAUAAAAAACGAAGAAAAAAACGUUUACUAAACUUAAAUCCAACGAUUAGCACUCGAGAUAUUGUAAAAUUAGUGGACAAUGCAAAUUGCAAAUUGCAAAAUAAGUAUUUUUCGAAACUUUAUCGAUCGUAACUCGGCUUCUACGCAUUCAAAUGAGCUUUAGAAGGUCUCGUUUUAAAGCUUAAUUAAUAGGCUUCCAAAAAAAGCUUAUUAAAUUACUUUAUCUUGAAGUUUGAAGUUAUAAUUUUCUUAUAAAAAAUGUACAUUAAUUUUUUUAUAGGGGUUUCAAGCAAAUUUAAGCUAUAAACAUUUAUACUUUUAGCUAUAAUGAUAGAACUCAAAAGGAACAUUUUUAGCUUACGAAAAUGUUCGUAAUUUUAUUUUUGGCCAUGAUAUCGAUAUUUUGGCUACGAAUUUCGUCACUUACUUGACUGUGAGCCGAUCUUGCGCCUCAUAGCGCGCCAAUAAAAUAUCGAUAUCUUGGCUAAAAAUAAACUUACGAACAUUUUUAUAAGCUCAAAUUGUUCCUUUUGGGUUCUUCUAUCGUUAUUGUUAAUUAAAGUAUAAAUGUUUAUAGCUCAAAUUUGCUUGAAAGCCUUAUAAACAAAUAAAUGUACAAUUUUUUAAAGAAAAUUAUAACUUCAAACGAGUUUAACUUUAAAAGAACAGAAGAUAAAGUAAUUUAACAAACUUUGUUUGGAAGCCUAUUAAUUAAUCUUUAAACUGAGACCUUCUAAGGCUCAUUUGCAUGCGUAGAAGCCGAGGUACGAUCGAUAAAGCUUCGAAAAAUACUUAUUUUGCAAUUUGCGAUUUGCAUUGUGCACUAAUUUUAUAUCUUGAGUUCUAAUUGUUGGAUUUCAGUUAAGUAAACGUUUUUUUCUUCGUUUUUUAUUAAGGAACAAAUUUUAUUUGAAACAUUUUUUUAUCUCUUAAUUUAUGAGCCAGAGCCUUAUAAGCAAUUAAAUUGUUUAUAACAAUUUUUUGACCACUCGGAUCGAAAUCCACCCUCGAAAUUCGUAAUCAGCAACCAAAAAUCCAUAAGAAACCGUUGAGUUUGUCCAUCAGAAUUGAAAAGGACACGGUGACCCCUCUGGCGCCUAGACUAAAAGACCAACCCCUAAAAUAAAGAAUCCUUUACCAAAUCUUUAGUGAAUGACGACUACUACAUACAUACUGCCAGCAUCUUAAGUUAUUUUUGUAAAAAUCCUGAUUGAACUAAGAAUGCGAUUAUCAUUACAAAUCCUGACAUAUUCUGUUUUCUAAUUGUUAGAAACAAUUUUGAAUUAACUAGUCAAAAAACAAAACACAAACUACACCUUGUAUAGUUUUCGCAGCGUACUUUUAGUUUCAUAAGAUUUUGCGAGUUUUUUUGGUUUUAUUUUUUGUUUUUUAGGUAGAUAACCAUUUAUACAAAAUUUAUUCAAUUUUUUUUGGGAAAAUUUAUAUUUAGCAUCUCGAAAGUGGAUCAUCGUACAGAUCGGCUAUUUAUUGUAUAAAAUUUAUUGAUAUUUAAGAAAUUUUUAUCUGAACCAUGAUCUACUUCUAUUUGUUGUCUAGAUUAAAAUAAUUUGAAAGUGAUAAAUAUUGUUUAAAAAGAAAAAUUAUUAUUUUUCAAAUUUGACUACAAAACUAGAUUGGCUUUAAUUUUUCCUUGAAUAUUUAUGCAAUAUUUGAUUUUUUGGCAAUGACUGCAGUCGGAAAAAUGAAAGAAUACUUAUGAACGAUCACAUCAAUCACUUAUGUUGUAUUUGCUUUCUUUUUCUAUAACAAACGUUUGUUAUUUAUAGAAAAAGACAGCAAAUACAAAAUAAGUGAUUGAUGUGAUCGUUCGUGGGUAUUCUUUCAUUUUUCCGACUGUAUAUCACUUGUACUCAUGUUCACCUGUCUAAUUACUUCUCAAUCAUUUAAUAUAAUGUCGUUUCGUUUUUUACUCUAAUGUGGAAACAGUGAGGCUGCCGAAAAUAUUUGAGCUUUUUGAUUAGUUAUAGUUACUUAAACUGUCAAAGUUAGCUCCAGGGAUGUGUCAUCCAUCCAAACUCCAGAUCUUUCAAAGGUAGAAGCAUCUUUAUGCGCCCAUUUCUCAUUGUAAAUCACUAAUUUUAUCAGUCAAUUUUCUACAUUUUUGGAUAUAAAAGAGAAAAAUAAAAAUUUGAAACGUUAUUUGGUAAAAUUUUGUGUUUGUUGAUAACUAUUUUCUUUUUAACUAACAGCGGCAUUAGUUUGAAAUCUAUAUUGGCCAUUGAUAUGCUUGGAGUGGAUAUUAAAUUGACAGUGACUAAUUUAUUAAUAUCAUAUCUAUAGCGAUACGCUUUAAUUACUAUUUUUGCUAAAUUUUUAAUAACUUUCCUCAAAACGAAAUAACAUUUAAUAUACAAACCAUAUGCUAACAAGGGCCGUUAAGUUUAAGAAACGAAAUGUAUCCCUAAGCAGAUUGUAUAAAAUUUAAUGUUUUUUUCAAGAAAACACUAAUAGAUUCGAGGCCAGAUUGCCACGCUCUUUAUGCCAACUUCUUAAAAUACAGAAAGUUUCUCAUCUUUUAAAACGCAGAUGUUAGUAAUUUAUUGCCUUUCUAGCCAUAUUGUAAAACCGCAAGCAUGAUGACAUAAUAGAGUGUUGUGGUCUGGCAGUAUCGACAUAGCAGGCGAACGAUUCAACGAUUCAGACACACCCUCGCUAACACCCUUACGAGAUAAUAAACGAAGCACGCUUGUUUACCCAAAAUAAAUAAAUAUAUUACUGUUCAUUGUUUACACUUAUUUUUAAUUGAUUCCGUAACCUACCAUCGGAACAUAUCAUUUCUUGAUAUCAUUGUAUAGUCUACGCUUUUACAUUUAUUUUCUGGUCAUAUUUACUCAAUAAUAAUUGUCCUUUUUACAAAUUAUUUUAAUCUAGAUGGUCUUAGGUAUACUUUUUUACUUAUGUUAAUUAUUUAAGUGAAGUUUGCUCUUUUGUGAUGAUAAUUUUUAACAGUUUUAUAUAUACAAAAUAGAUAUAUACAUAUUUAAAUUUCUAUCUGAAUUUUUUCAUUUUUUUUUCUUUUGAAAUUAAAAUACCCAGUAUUUUAGUUAAUUUAGUUAUGUGGAAGCAGACAUGUGCAUCAAAAUGUUGAAAAGUAUAAAUGAGGAAUGAUCUAUGUGAUUUCCUUUGACUAUAAUUUUUUUUAGUAUUGGCCGACUCAUUUACUCAUUACACUAUAAUGACUGGUCUGUUCUGUUUUACCUUUUAUGGCCGCUACCUAAAUUUGAUUUAUACACUCACCGGCACAAAAAACGGGCACCCCAAAAAAUGGGUCAUUUUAAUGUCUUGUAUUUCCUAAACCUGAUGUCCGAUUUAAAUAAUUUUUUUAAUAUGUUAUAGCCUUAUUCUUUAACAAUAUAGCUGUAAUAAUAUUGUUCCUAGACAGGUACAUUGUCAUUGUAUACAGGGUGUACGAAUCAAACUGUGUUUUUUUCUCAAAUUUUGGAACACCGUGUGGAAUGUUCUAGCUUUUAUAAAGUACUGAAAUUAAAACCCAACUAUAGCCUCAGGUUUUCUUAACAUUCUGUUUUUUGAUUCAUUCGCUUAUGUUGGAUAAUGAAAAAGUUAGGCACUUUAACAACUACCCCUGUUCUUCGUCAAUACAGGGUGUUUUUAAAUAAGUACGGCAAACUUUAAGGGGUAAUUCUACAUCAUAAAAUAAUGACAGUUUGCAUUAUAAACGUAUGCCCGCAAAUG